AAGUUCUGGGUAUUGUGUAACUUCCAUCUGCUACAAUACCUAAGAAGUUGAUGAGCUAUGCAGUUAGUAUUUCAUAAUUGAUAUAGCUUACCUGUAAGAUUUCUUCUUUUACUUUCGAUAACUUCGUCUGCUGACUCACAGUGAAGUAUUACGGGCUUCGAGUUCUCUUUUUCUUCUGACGAUAAUCUCCUUGUCCAUGGAUCACAUACCAUCCAUGAACUACUACAUGGAUGAUUGUGUAUAAUCUUGUAGGAUUUGAUUACAUAUCCUUGCUCUUCUAGUCUUACACGGAAUUUAGAUUGACAAUUACGGAAUUUAGACCUUAAACAUAAGAUAUUAGUUAAAGAUCUUACGAUUUUUGCCUCACUUUCAAACCUUCCGAUUUCCGUUUGUGACCAAACGUACAAUUAAACGAUACAAACAGGUAUUUGAACCUGACAUCCUUCAGCAAUCUGCUUUCUGUGUGGAUGUAACGAGUAUAAGUAGUCUGAGAAGCGAUAAAAUUAUAGUUCCGUACUUUUUGGAACUCUUUUAAGGCGCUUUCAAAAUCAUCCCACAACACGAAACGCUUGUUCAGUAUCAUACUUCGAAAGGCAUCGGUUAAGUCGACUGAAAUGUCACUUGAGGAUGAAGCACUAAAAACAGACAUUACUAAUUAUUAAACAGUUAUUCCUUGCAACAAUAAUAACCCAAGGAAAUACUACAAAUACUUGAGAUUUACCUGUGACUUGACAUUUCGUUUAGCUUUACUACAAUUGUUGGGAUCAAAGAUCAAAUUACAAAGCAACAACAGAGCCAAAGUGCACACUACAAAACAGAGAACGCUAAAUUAAUGGUUUUGCUAUUUAUUUCGUGCUUUUUAUGUAGCAUAGGAUGACUUAUAUAUGAAAAAACUUGAUACUCAUGCAAACCAACCAACCCACGGCAAUUGAAAUACGGAAUGACCGCCUCUAAUCAAGCCGUUCAAGGUCGCUGAAACGAAAGGGCGGACACAUUUCAAAAGGACCUAACGUUUAAACCGUGCCUCACAAAAUUGUGAGUCUACGAAAAUAUUUCAAAAGUCGACCUCUGGCAAAUGGGGGCCCUGUUUUCAGCCUUCUGUGCAAUUGCUACUUUUUUACUUUGUAUUUUCAACCGUGAACCAGAAACGUUUUUUUCGGGCUUAUCAUCAAAAACAGCAUAUCGUUUUUGUGGUUUGAAAUCAUACGAAGAUAAAGUGUCUGUUCAAUUUAAAAGAUGCUCCUUGGUGCAUGUUAAUGUAUUACUCAGACAUGGAACUAGAGCACCAGAUUCCAAAUCAAUUAAAUCUUUCACAGAUUUACACGAACGUCUUAAAGAAAGUUAUAACAAUGGAUCACCAAUUCCUUACAAACUUCUAACACAUCCAAUACCUUUUAAAAAUGCUGCUGCAAAAGAACUUUUACCUAGAGGAUUUCAAGAGCAUGAUGGUUUAGGCAGACGUUUUUUUAAUCUCAUGCGACAACAUUUCAAUUUUACAAUUGAAAAUGUUAAUUUCUACUCGAGUUCCAUUGAUCGUUGUAUUGCAAGCGGGAGAGCAUUUUAUAACGGUUUUAUUAAUGGAUCAACUAUAAAACCAAUAUGGAAUCGUACAUUAUAUUGUGGUAAUGAUGAAAUACCAAAUAGUUGUUUACUCAAUAAUCAAUUAUCAGAAAUCAAUAAUCAUGAUCAUUAUAUAAAGAAGAAUAUAACAAUUAAUAAUUAUUUAUUAAGAUUUUUUGCUGAUUGUAAAAAUUAUAUUGAAAAUAUUGAAAAGAAUAAAUCAGCUAUUUAUGAAUAUUAUCAAUUUCUUAAUUCAAAUUAUAUUGUUAAUUCUUAUGAAAAUUUUAUUAAACGAUUUAAUUUAAAACGUGAAAAUUAUACAUUUGAUGAUUUAAAAAUAAUAUUUUUGGCUUGUGCGUAUGAAGUUGCUGCAAUGGAUGAUAAUGACGAUCUAUCACCUUGGUGCAGUCUAUUGACACCUUAUGAUUAUCCAGUAUGGGAGUAUUUAGCAGAUUUAAAGCAUUAUUGGCGUAAAUCGUACGGUUAUGAAUUGAAUUAUGAACAAUCAUGUCCUUUACUUGGUGAAAUAAUACAACAAAUUUAUAAUGUAGCUAUAAAUUUCCAGAAAGACAACUAUAGUCAAAAUAAUCCAACAUUACAUCGUGGAAGUUUUUGGUUCGGGCAUGCAGAAACCGUUCUACCUAUUGUCGCUGCUUUAGGUAUAUUCAAUAGCUCAGUCGGUCAUUCGACUUUACACAAGUUAACAGCAGAUAGCUUUGAUGAAAGAUUAAGAAUGAUCUAUGAUACAGAUGUUCCAUCGCCUACAAUGUUUCGCACAAGUUAUAUUGCACCAUUUGCUGGCAAUGUGGCUUUUCUAUUAUAUUACUGUCCUGAUUUAGAUUCUGAUAAUGAUCUGGAUAAAUUUCGUGUCAAAGUAUUAAUCAAUGAGAAAACAAUUGCUUGGCCAUUAGCUAGUUCAAUACAACCGCCUACAUUAGAUCAUCCAGGUGAAACAAAUGCUUCUCUAACAACUAUAUUACAAUAUUUCAACGGUUGUAUGCCUAAUAAUUAUGAUAAUAAUAAAGUUUGUUCACUUCACAAGACGUUUUAGAUACAUAAUUCCUUGUGAAUAACUACGAUCUACUGAUUAUGACGCCUGGUAGAUCCUUUGUCUAUUGAUUCGUAAAUAAAUAUUCUCAUAAUAAAUAAAUAAUGUUGAUUGAUGAAUAUAACCGUUUUUGCCUUAUGCUUCUUUAUUUGUUUUCUAUCUUCAUUUUCUUUAUCUUUUACACUUUGUAUAUAUAUAUUUUUCGAAAAUAAAAAACAACAUACACUCACGCAAUUUUAUUUAUUCGCACUGAACAAUCGAGGCAUAGUCCACAAUUGAAAUUCAAAUCAACCACAUAUGGAAACGAUGAUUCUUUUUGAUACUUUACCAAUUAGUUCGUCAAUAAAAAGUAAACAAAGUCGAAAACAAUGAUAAUAACAAUAUUCUAACAUCUAUUACUAUCUGUCUACCCACAAGUACAGGGUAUAUAUGUAUGUAUAGUUGAUAGUUUCUUAAUGUUGCUAAUGAUGAUUAUGUUUUACAGCCAAAUAUUGUUAUAGAAUUUUAAUUAAAAAGGCAAUUUCCCUAGAAAAAUGUAGUUUUUUUUUUAUUACAAAUUUUAUUCUUUUGAUUUUUACAAUGGGUAGUUUUCACUUUGACUAUUUAUGUAUAUGUGACUCUUAGUUUGUUAUUUGAAUGAAGAAGCUUUUUUUUUGUUGUUCAUGUUAUCAAUUCAGUUACAUUGUGGUUUUUACUUGUAUUGUAAUUAAUUUGUAGUUAAAUGAAUAAUCUUUUAGUAUAUUUCAA